UGUAACCCACAUCAGAAUUGUGGUUUGUGCUGCGGCAUAAGGUUGGAGGUGUAAUUUCCCUCUCCGCCACUAGGAGGCGAGUAUGCCUUGAGAUGACUUCCUGUUAGUCAGCAUUUCCUGUUGUGAAAGCCGUUACUCACGAGGCAACCGCCAGAUUAACUGAAAGAUCCUGGAUCUGAAUUCUGUGAAAUACGGCCGUGGGAAGCUGCGUCAGCCAGGCGAGCUAUCUCACCACGAGCUCCGGUAAGGGAUGCUACAUGAAUGUUAGCACCAUAAAGACAUGUAGUUGACUGCUGUUAAUAUAUUUCCUGUUUAAAAACCAGUCGGAGUUGUGAUACUUAUGUUUAAAGUACUGUAACAUCACUGAUGUGCAGAUGUUUAUUUUUAAGUGUUAAAGAAUAUAUUAAAAUGUGCCCAGCUAACCGCUAGUAUUAAGCUACUGCUUAGCAAUUUCUGUGUGUUCUACUAUUACUGUGAUUCAUUUGAGUUUGUUAGCUUUCCAAAACGUUAAAGGAACAGUAAUAUUGUCAUGUAGUGCUUAAAGGCACCCUUUUAGUUGUUGAUUUAAAAGUUAAUUCAUUUGAUAAAGAUGCAAAAAGUUUAUAAAAUGGGAUUAUAAAAUGUGAAGGAUCUCAUUACUCUGUUGGAUGUAUUAGUGUUUAAAGAAGUUGAUAUAUUUUUCUGAGAAAUAAUUCAGUUGAAAUAUCUGAAAAGGAAGAACAGUUAAAAGCAAGCUGGAAAAAAAAGAUAAAUGUGGGAGAGUGAAUCUUACAAAUUUAUUUAUUCUUAAAAGGGUAAAUAUAAGGUAUAUUUUCUGUUGUGCUAAAACCUUGUGUGAUGCAACUCAAGUUAUUUCAUGAUGCUUGAGACAUUGUGUAACUAAAGAUGAGUGAUGGAAGGAGCAUAGAUAAAAUAGUAAUGUAUGCACUCUGCCCUGUGUGCAUAGAUUGGUUUUUUGACCAGGACCGGAUCAUUUGAGAUCUGAACCUUGUGGGUUCAGUGGCGAGCCAGUUCCAAGAGAGUGACUGUAGACGGACCAGAGUACGGUGUGGCCAGCCGUGGGAUCCAUCUUCAGCGAACCCCAGGACCAUCAUUACAUCCCUUGACACAGAUAAGACUGACACUUUUAAAAAAUCUACCCGGGUAGUGUUAGAUCCACUGGACAGAAACGCAUACACACAAACUAAUUUCUCUUUCCAAAGAGAAGUGGACUGAGCAACAGGAGUGGAAGCUCUUUAAUUGAAACUCUUUGGAGAAUUUCCUCAAAGAGGGUUUUGGUUUUAUUUUGAGUCCUUUAAUGUGCGUUUGUGCACUGUAGGAAGCCGGCUUAGACAGGCAGGGUUUGUAAACUUUACACCUUUUCAAUACAGUUUCUAUUUAAAUCAUAUAUUAUCUGUCAUUGUGUGGUUCCUUCUCUGCUGAUCCUUUCAAGGCUCCAUAAUCUUACCUAGAACUUUUGAUACUGGUCCAGAGUUGUCAAGACAAUAGUUCAAUACCUAUUUCAUAAUAUUUAAUUGUAAAACCCGUUACAAAAGUGGCGAGCCAGCCAGGAGCCUAGUUAAGUGCCAGCAGUGAAACACAUCUCAUGUUUGGGAAAUUGUAUGAGAAAAAAGGUGUUUAUAUGCUUUAGCGUUAUUGCCAAAGAUGGAGUUCAUAGCUAACUCAGGUAUCAAAGUCCCAAAUGCAGUGAUUGUGAGUGGGUUGCUUGGAUCGCCAGAAGAUGAGGAGAUCAUAGACUUUCUGAAGAAAUAUGGUUCUGCUAGGCUCGUUUCAGUAACUGAUGCUGAAUCAGAGUUUUAUAAAAACCUGAUUAUUGAGUAUCAAGAUGGUGCCGCCAUUGAAGCCUUAUCUUCUCUUUUGCCUUACACACAUGAACUCAAAGAGAACCCAAGUGUCAGGUAUCUCGUUCAAGCUUUGGCUAGCAUUUACACUACAAAGGUUGGCUGCAAUGUUACCAAAACCUACCUCAAUGAGAUAAAGAAAUUGGCAAAAUUAAGUGGGAAAGAGUACGAAGAAGUGUUGAGAGACAUGAUGUCAGAGAUCAGUGAGGCAAUUGGAACAGGCAGCGCUGAUGAGGUAUCUGUAGCCAAACCGUUCAACACAUCUCUUGAAACAGUCGAAACCUCAGAUCACCAGAUGUUCAGAAGUCCCUCCUUGAUGGAUUUCGGUCAAGAUUGCCCCGAACCAAAGCCACCCACCAUCCUGAGGCAAAAUCUACCCAUCAGGGAGAGUGACCUACAUCCACCUGAAGUUCAAAAGGUCAUCGUUGAACACAUUGUAAGGAAAAGUGACUGUAACAUAUAUCCACAUUUUCCCAUCAAGCUUCACCCAUUUUCAGGCAAAACCCCAAGGCCCAGUAAUGAGACCGACUACGACACAUGGCGAUCACAUGCUGAGCUUCUCAGAAAAGAUUCCACUCUGUCUAAUCUUCAGAAGUCUCGGAAGAUGGUUGAGAGCUUGCUCUCCCCUGCAGCAGAUAUUGUCAAAAGGCUAAGUCCUGAAGCUACCCCUGAAACUUACCUUCAACUGCUGGAUGCAGCCUUUGGAACUGUUGAAGAUGGCGAAGAACUUUUCGCCCAGUUUAUGAAUACUCUUCAGGAUCCUGGUGAAAAGGCUUCAUCCUACCUCUGCCGCCUACAGGCUGUUCUAAACCUUGCUGUUAAGAGGGGAGGAAUUGCUGCUGAAGAAGCAGACAAAUAUAUUCUCAAGCAAUUCUGCCGCGGUUGUUUGGACAACAUCUUGCUCUCUGACCUCAAUCUAGAAGAUAAGAAAAGUCACCCUCCAGCAUUUGCAGAGGUCCUGUUACAGAUCCGUACUGAGGAGGAUAGACAUGCAGCCAAAGUCACGCGCAUGAAGAAGCACCUCGGCUCAAAUCGACAGCGGGCCGUUACUAGCUCGCAAAGCACAUGUGCCUGCAGCCAGCAAGUAGUGAUCCCACCCGAGUCCAACACAUUGGAGGAACUCAGACAGCAAGUCGCAUCUCUUCAGAGCCAGCUUACUGCACUGAUGUCAAAGAAACCCCAAAAGACCUCGAAACCCAAGGGGAGCGCUGAGCACGCAUCCAGCCGACCAAUCUCACCUAAACUUGACCCUAGAGCACCAAGCUGGAAGCCAUCCAACCCAAAACAGAACGCAAGGCCAAAGGCCUGGUAUUGUUUCAAGUGUGGUCAGGAUGGCCAUAUUUCUUCAACAUGCACUAACGAACUAAACCCCACUCUUGUUGAUGAAAAAAGAAGUCAGCUAAGAGAAAAGCAGCGUCUGUGGGAUGCGACAAACCAUCUAACUCCCAAUGAAAAUUUUUAGAUGAAGCCUCAGUUGUAGGGCAAACUGAGGCUGAAGCAGCUCACCAGUGCCCUGUUAAUAGAGAUGCUACACCCAAAUUAAGUGCUGCUUUGAACCAGUGUAAUGUCAGGAAACACCUUUCGAAGGUUUCCCCAAAACUGGUAGGUACAAAGAGUACAUGCCAAGUAAUGAUCCAAGAUAAACAGUUUAACUGUCUGAUGGACACAGGUUCACAAGUGACUACGGUUACCAAGUCCUUCUUUGAUCAACAUCUGUUUGAAACACAGAUAGAGCCACUGUAUGAUCUAUUGGAAGUUGAAGGUGCCAAUGGGUUACCCGUACCUUAUUUGGGCUACAUUAAAAUCACCAUCACCUUCCCAGAACAAUUCCUGGGCAAGGAGUGUGAUGUCCCAACCUUGGCCUUAGUGGUGCCAGACAGUGGAACAUCUGGCUUUCAUGUCCUGAUUGGUACUAACACCCUUGAUGUGGCAUAUAACAUGCAUAAAGAGGAAGGUCCAGCGAUCCAUCACCCCUCAUCAGAUGGCUAUAAGACUGUGCUGAAAGUAUUACAGCUGCGACAUGAACAAUGUCACAACAGUAACAUUGGAGUGGUGAGGAUGCAUGGGAAAGAAACAAAGGUUGUUCCGGCUGGAGCAACUGUUGUUUUAGAAGGAACUGUAGCAGUCAAGGGGUUCCAGUCGGAGAAGUGUGCCAUUGUGGAGUACCCUACAUCAUCUCUACCUGGAGGACUGCUGGUAAAGACCUGCCUCCUCAACAUACCAACCAGAUCCCCAUGCAGGCUACCAGUUGUGAUAUCUAAUGCGUCUGAGCACGACAUCACUAUUCCGGCCAAGAGCGUGAUUGCUGCGCUCAAUGCAAUCCAAGCUAUUCUACCACACAAGCAGAGUGCGACGGAGGGUCAGGAGCCAACUAAGCUACCUGGAUCCAAGUCCCCUGAUCAACCUAAG